AUGGGAAACAAUCAGCCCGGUGGCAUGUAUAAACGGGAUCGCCCGUUCGAUUCUGAAAAAGGCGGAAGUCAUUCACGGAGCCGUACUGGAGCUCCAAGCUCACCUCCAAUUGAAGAUGAAUGUCCGGUGCAGAUGAAAAUUGCAAAAAGCGAGGAGAAUACCAACAAGUUCCCGGUUGUGUUUAAAUGGAAUGCUACCAACUCACAAUCAAAAAAUGUGUACGUCUGCGGAUCCUGGGACAAAUGGCACUCGAAGAUCCCACUAGUCAAGUCGACCGCCGAUUUCUCAACAAUUGUGGAGUUGGAGCCUGGAAAGCACGAGUACAAGUUCUAUGUCGACCAUAAAUGGGUGGUCGAUGAUAACCAACAAAAAACAAGCAACAGUCUGGGAGGAGAGAACAAUAUUGUGAUGAUUGAUGAAGCCGACUUUGAGGUGUUCGACGCAUUGGAUAAAGAUCUCGCUUCAUCAAAUGCUGGAGAACAGCUCCGCAACAGCCACCCAUCCAAAGAGUCCCAUGACACUCCAAACGAUCGGGAACUCGAAAAGCUCCACCAAUUCGGACAAGAAACUCCAACCCGUGCGGAUUUCAGCAAGGCUGCAGCUCCACCAGUCCUCCCACCACACCUACUCCAAGUUAUUCUCAACAAGGACACCCCUGUCCAAUGUGAUCCAAAUGUGCUCCCAGAACCAGAUCACGUAAUGCUCAACCACUUGUACGCGUUGUCUAUCAAGGAUGGUGUUAUGGUUCUCUCAGCAACCCACCGCUACCGAAAGAAGUUUGUGACCACUUUACUCUACAAACCAAUCUAA